AUGGAUGAGCCAGAGCUGAGCCUACAGUCCUGUCCUGAGUCCUGUCCAGAGUCCUGCCCAGAGUCCUGUCCAGAGUCCUGUCCAGAGUCCUGUCCAGAGUCCUGUCCUGAGUCCUGUCCAGAGUCCUGUCCAGAGUCCUGUCCUGAGUCCUGUCCUGAGUCCUGUCCUGAGUCCUGUCCUGAGUCCUGUCCUGAGUCCUGUCCAGAGUCCUGUCCAGAGUCCUGUCCAGAGUCCUGUCCAGAGUCCUGUCCAGAGUCCUGUCCAGAGUCCUGUCCUGAGUCCUGUCCAGAGUCCUGUCCAGAGUCCUGUCCAGAGUCCUGUCCAGAGUCCUGUCCAGAGUCCUGUCCUGAGUCCUGUCCAGAGUCCUGCCCAGAGUCCUGUCCAGAGUCCUGCCCAGAGUCCUGUCCAGAGUCCUGUCCAGAGUCCUGUCCAGAGUGCUUCCUGUCCAGAGUCCUGUCCAGAGUGCUGUCCAGAGUCCUGUCCUGA